UGGAGUUUUUCCCCAGGCCAGUAUACUGCACUGAAAGGGCGAAGCUGUGGAGUUUGAGCUUUGGGUUUGAGAGCUGUCAGAACUCGACAUGGCUGCGGCUGUCAGGGCAGGUGGCGCUCACAGAGGGUUUAUAUCAGUGACACGGCGCAGCAGCCACAGCAGCACUGCCCUCAAACCUCAAUAUGAUGCGGUUAUUAUCGGUGCAGGUCACAAUGGGCUUAUUGCGUCAGCAUAUCUGCAGAAGGGAGGCCUGAAAACAGCAGUCCUGGAACGCAGACAUGUGCUUGGAGGAGCAGCCGUAUCUGAAGAGAUUGUUCCAGGGUUCCACUUUUCCAGGGCCUCCUAUCUGCUCAGUUUACUGCGCCCACAUAUCUACCAGGACCUGGAGCUCAAGAAACAUGGCCUCAAGGUGUACAUGAGGGACCCCUAUUCAUUUACCCCCAUGCUGGAGGAUGGUGUAAGAGGGCGACCACCGCGGUCUUUAACUCUUGGAGCUGACCUGGCAAAGACCCAGCAAGAGAUUGGCAAAUUCUCAGAGAAAGAUGCCAAGGUCUAUGCUGAUUUUUUAUCCUAUUUGGAAAGACUGGCCUGUGCUAUCCACCCUCUUUUAGAUGCUCCACCUGUUGACAUUCCAGGACUGACUCAGGGCUCUUUGAGAAAGAAAAUAUCUGCCCUGAGGAGCUUGAAACCUUUGGUGAAGUCUGGGUUGAAGUUGGGAAAGAAUAUACCAGAUUUCUAUGAACUUGUUACAGCUCCAGUUAUGAAGGUGCUCAAUCGCUGGUUUGAAUCAGAGCCGUUGAGAGCCACAUUAGCCACUGACUCUGUGAUUGGUGCAAACACAAGUCCAAAUAAUCCUGGAAGUGGAUACGUCCUACUGCACCAUGUCAUGGGUGAGCUGGAGAAAGAGAAAGGUGCCUGGGGUUACGUGGAGGGAGGAAUGGGUGGAGUGUCUCAAUCGAUCGCCCUCUCCGCCCGGUCUCUCGGAGCAGAUAUUUUUACAAACAGGGACGUUGAACAGGUCCUUAUUGGUCAGGAUGGUUCUGCCAAGGGCGUUGUGCUGACAGAUGGAACUGAAGUCCACAGUAAAGCGGUUCUGUCCAACGCCACUCCCUACAUCACCUUCAAACAGCUCACACCACAGGAUGCCCUGCCAGAGGCAUUCAUCACGGCUGUAGAUCAGAUUGACUACACCUCUCCUGUUACCAAGAUAAAUGUGGCUGUAGACAAGCUGCCUAAUUUCUUGGCUGCUCCGAAUAGUGCGGAUGGAAAACCAGGUCCCCAUCAUCAGUGUUCAAUCCAUCUGAACUGUGAGAGUGUGGAGGUUCUGGAGGAGGCCUACAGGGAGGGCCUGCAGGGACGCCCAUCCUCCAGGCCUAUGAUAGAAAUGACCAUUCCCUCAGUGCUGGAUCCGACUCUAGCCCCCCCUGGCUGUCAUGUGGUGUCUCUCUUCAUCCAGUUUACGCCAUAUUUGCUGGAGGGUCGCCGCGCUUGGACUGACGAGGACAGGGAGAGAUUUGCUGACACAGCAUUAGACUGGGUUGAGCGUUACGCACCUGGAUUUAAAAAGUCUAUAGUUGGCAAAGACAUUUUAACCCCUGCUGAUCUGGAGAGGGUCUUUGGUCUCACUGGAGGGAAUAUAUUUCAUGGCUCAAUGUCUUUGGAUCAGCUUUACCUGGCGAGACCUUUGCCCUCUGUCGCAGACUACCGCUCACCAGUCAAAGGACUGUACUUAUGUGGCAGUGGCAGCCAUCCAGGUCUGUGCCUGAAUAUAUAAAAGCUAAAACACAUUUAUGGAAGAUUGUCUCAUUCAGGUGGAGGUGUUAUGGGUGCAGCUGGCUGGAAUUCAGCUCUCAAAGUUCUAGCAGAUUUCAAGCGACUGUGAUCUUGGCCUUCAGUGAGGAAUAUCAUUUCCCAAUGGGAUGUUUUAAUGAAAAGACAAAUAAGUGUUGUUAACAUUGCAUGUGGUUGUUCUGUAUUUUUAACACUCCCGAAAUGUUCAUAUCCUAAAAUGUUCCAUUUUGUAUUUUUUCAGUGAAAUGUUAAAUAAAAAAAAAAUAGUUAUAAUAAA